AUCUCUCUUUUAUGAUCUUAUCCAAUCUCUUCUCUCAUAGUUUCUAGCCUUGGGAAGGAUGAGAAAACCUUGCUGUGAUAAACAAGAUACCAACAAAGGAGCUUGGUCUAAACAAGAAGACCAGAAGCUCAUUGAUUACAUCAGAGUCCAUGGUGAAGGUUGCUGGAGAUCACUCCCUCAAGCUGCAGGCUUGCUUAGGUGUGGUAAAAGCUGUAGACUGAGAUGGAUAAAUUAUUUGAGGCCAGACCUUAAAAGAGGCAAUUUUGCUGAAGAUGAAGAAGACCUCAUCAUUAAGCUCCACGCGCUCCUCGGUAAUCGGUGGUCCUUAAUAGCCGGUAGAUUACCAGGGCGUACCGACAAUGAAGUGAAGAACUACUGGAAUUCCCAUUUAAGGAGAAAGCUAACAAGUAUGGGUAUUGAUCCAAACAACCAUCGUUUGAACCAAAAGAUCCCUCGUCCUCAAACUCAAAUUGUGUCUGGUGGUGGUGGAAGUGACACAUCUUCUGGUUCAAAAACACAUAUAUGUGAGCCAUGUAAGCCUAUGAAAUCUCAAGGGGAUAAUGAUCAAGUUUCCGAUGCCGGAAGCUGUCUAGAAGAUGAUACCUGUGCCUUGCCAGAUUUGAACCUUGAUCUAACAAUUAAAAUUCCUUCUCCUUCACUUGCAGUGGUUGAAGAAAGGCAGCAAUUUAUAGAUUCAAAUAUUGGUGGAGAACUUGAAAGUGCCCAAUCUCCUACACUUCUUCUCUUUAUGUGAUAGGAGAAUACUUCUUUUUCUUCUUCUGUUUAGAAA